UGUAGCAACACAAGGAAAUGGUGGUGAUCCAGACAGGGUACCUCACAUUCAAUAUAAUGAAUGGGUGACAAGAUACAAGUUGCAAUACUCAAACAACGCAUCAAAUUGGAACAGCUAUGAAGACGAUACACACAAGAUGUUGUUCAAAGGUGAUAAUGAUUCUUCUAGUGUGGUGCGGCAUGAUCUAGAAAAUCCCAUAACUGCGAAGUACAUCAGGUUCGUUCCAACAGCACAUCACAUAAAAAAAACAAUGCGAGUCAACGUUUACAUCUCGUUUCAAGAAGCGCCUCGUAUUCGGCUGCUCGCCAUUGGAAAAAGAUCAAUACAGCUGAGCUGGACUGUCAAACAAUGCAGUCCARCCUACCCUAUUACGGGAUAUGAAGUAAAGCUUACAGGAAAAAUGAGAACACACGAAAAAAACACUAUAAAAUUAGAAUGUACUGUGGGCAACUUAAAGCCGUACACUGAAUACAAUGUAACGGUAAGGGCCAUCAAGCAAGUAGGAUAUGGAGUAUGGAGCAACAUCACAACAACUAGAACUGAUAUUGCAGAACCCGAGGAAGCUCCAGUUAUCAUAAAGGUUGAAACGAAAACUUUUCAAUCCGUGACCAUGGAAUGGGAGCUAAAACAUACGGAUUUAAUCAAUGGYCCAUUCAAGGGAUAUAUGAUAAAGUACACACCACAAGGAGGAAAUACAAAGACGACUGAGGUGGUUCGUAAGGUGUUUAUGAAAUACACAACGCAUACUCUGAAAUCACUACGAAAGUAUACACCUUACAGUUUCAGUGUUGCAGUAAUGAAUGAAAGGUUCACUGGUCCAUUUAGUACAGAACAGCACACACGGACGAUGGAAGAUA